UCAAUAGCCGGAUUAUCGUUGGAUCUUUUGUGAUCGUUGUGACACAUUUCUGAUCAGUUACAACAUUUUGCGGUGAUUAACUGAUACGUAACAUCUUUCAUUCCAGUAUAAGAACUGAACCAUUUGGUUUCUUUCGUAUAGGAAAGACUUUUUCAAAUGCGGUGGCUGAGUUGGGUGGCUGCUGUCUGUUUCGUCGUGAUGACGACAGGCGCCGCAGAUAAGAAAAUAGUAUGUUACUUUGGAAGCUGGUCAGUUUAUCGACCUGGGGCGGGCAAGUUUGCAAUAGAAGACAUUGAUGCGACGCUGUGCACCCACUAUAUUUACACUUUCAUGGGUCUGGAGAAGAAUCAAGUAAAGAUUCUCGACCCGUGGCAAGCCCUCCCCGAUAGUGGAGGUCAAAAUGGUUUUGCCAAGUUCAAUGAUCUGCGUAACAAGAAUCCAGGAGUAAAAACCCUGGUCGCAAUUGGUGGCUGGGGAGAAGGCUCCGCGAACUAUUCGAAAAUGGCAUCUUCUCCGAACUCUCGAGAAAUAUUUGUCAAUAGUACAGUUGCGUUUGUGAAGCGAUAUGGUUUUGACGGCUUUGACAUUGACUGGGAAUAUCCGAAUCAACGUGGAGGAAAACCUGAAGAUAUUAAGAAUUAUGUAACGCUCGUUAAGGAGUUGAGAACAGCGUUUGACAAAGAGGACUUUCUUCUCAGUGCUGCGGUUGUUGGUGCCAAAAAUUCAGCCAUCAAGUCGUACAAUAUCAGAGAAAUGUCGAAAUAUUUCGACUUUAUCAAUGUGAUGGCUUAUGAUCUGCAUGGCUCUUGGGAAAAUCACACUGGCCCAAAUGCUCCUCUUUAUAAGGGUUCCUCCGAUUCGCUGUCUGAAAAAGAACUGACAGUAGACUUUUCGAUUCGAUACUGGCUCUCCCAAGGUGCACCAGCUGAGAAGCUUAUUCUCGGGAUCCCUUUGUAUGGUCAAACUUUCACGCUUUACGAUGUCAACGAAAACGGUAUCGGUGCCAGGAUCAAUGGACCCGGAGAACCCGGUCCUUAUACCAAAAGUCCUGGGACACUUGGUUACAAUGAGAUCUGUGAAAUGCAGAAAAAAAAUCAUUGGGUUUUUCAUUUUGAUGAGGAGAGACGAGUGCCUUACAUAUACUACAAAGACCAAUGGGUUGGUUACGAUAAUGUCAAAUCUGUGAGGGAGAAAGCUGGAUACAUCAAUGAAAUGGGCCUCGGAGGUGCCAUGGUGUGGUCCGUCGAGACUGACGACUUUCGGGGUAAUUGCGGCGAGAAAUAUCCUUUGAUCAGGAGUAUCAGAUACGUUCUUCGAAAUGAACUCGAUGAGUGAUUAUAUUAACGAAAGUAAAGGAAUAAUUGCAGUAAUGAAGAAUGUGGGAAACUGAGGAAUCAAUAAAAUUCAUUCAUUGAAACAUCAGGCGCAUUGCAGAAGCAAUAAAUUCAUGUCCUGUUUCACAAUACUAAUAAGAACGCUGGCGCUUCGUGAUUCUGAAAUCUCACAUAUGCUCGGCGGCAAACAGCAACUAAUCGUGCUUGGUGGCUUCAAUUAAUGGCAAAGAAUAAACAAAAAACUAUGGCAACGAAAAUAGGCUUCACAAUUUGAUAUGUUGGAAUGUUUUUUUUUAAAAAAGGAAAAAACCUUAGGGAAAAAAAGGUUUGGACAAGUACAUUGAUGUUUCCGUGUUUCCUAAUCAUAUCACGAAAAUUGUGAUAGAAAUUUCAUAAAAAAAGAA